AUGCGUUAUUACUAUAAGGUCACUAUUCUUAUUACAUUUCCAACAUUAUUUUCUAUCAUAUUAAUAUAUUAUUCUUCACAUUUCUCUUCAACAUAUGACGAAGUAAUUAUCACUCAACAUGCCAUUCCAAUGCAAAUGACAAAGUAUAAUAAAAUAUCCAUUCCGCGAAAUAUCAUUCAAACGGGUACCAAAAACAGUGAUGGUUGGAUAAACAGUCAAUCAUUUAGACGACUCAAUCCAAAUCAUUCUUAUUUAUUUUUUAAUGAUACCGAAGCAGAAAAGUUUGUUCGUAAACAUAUGUCAUCAGCUGUUGUUCAUGCUUAUGAAAUCAUGCCUAUAGCAGUAUUAAAAGCAGAUUUUUUUCGAUAUAUUGCCAUUUAUAUACUUGGCGGAGUUUAUUCAGAUAUUGAUACAGAAUGUUUACGACCUAUUGAUACAUGGACUGAUAAUCAUACGAAUGUUGGUCUUAUUGUUGGUGUCGAAGCAGAAGGUCCAACCUGGAAAAAAGAUUUCGCUCGACCACUUCAACUAUGUCAAUGGACAUUUGCUGCAAAACCAUAUCAUCAUAUACUGAAACGAAUGAUACAAAAUAUUGUGACACAAACAAAACACUUUUUUAAUAAACCAAUAAAUAUAAGUAUUGUUAUGAAUUGGACAGGUCCAGGCCUUUGGACAGAUACUGUAUUUGAUUAUCUUAAUGAAACAUAUCAUGUGCAAUGGCCUACACUAACAAAAUUAGAUCAUACUCGACUUAUUGGUGAUGUUUAUAUUUUACCAAUAACAGGAUUUCAGCCGUCUGCUUUUGAUAUGGGUGCAAGAGGACCAAAUCAUCCAGAAGCACGUAUUGCGCACUUUUUUCACGGAAGUUGGAAAAAGAAGUAUCCGAAGAUGGCAAAUGAAUAG